AUGUCAAUACACCAUAAAAGAGUAUUUUAUUUAUUUAUUUUUCUACUUUCAGCUCAAGGAAAACAGUUGUCUGUCACCUCGUCAGAAUCAAAGACCAAUUCUGGGCCCUGGAAGCGAGUAGAGGCCCCUCAGAGCGGCCCAUCAAACCCCUAUACUAAGAGAAGACGCAGGUUGUCCCCAGGGCCGGUCAUAGUCAUCAAAGAUGAACCAGAGGAUGAGGAAGAAGUUCAUUUUGUGAAGAGUAGUGCUAAAGCCAGUCUUCCAGACAGCACGGGUGUUCAGUCCCAGACACCACAGCAGGGUGAGCAGCCAUCAGAGACAACCCCAGAAAUAGAUGAAGACCCCAAUGAGGACUGGUGUGCGGUGUGCCAGAACGGAGGAGAACUGCUCUGCUGUGAUAAAUGUCCCAAAGUCUUCCAUCUUAAAUGCCAUAUCCCCUCACUCACUGCAUCACCAAGUGGUGAGUGGUAUUGUACAUUCUGUCGUGACCUUACCUCACCUGAAAUGGAGUAUAAUGUCGAUGGUAGCGAAGAUUCAAACAAUGUGAAGAAGGAUCCGGAAUCUGAAGUAUUUACUCCUGUGGACAGACGAAAAUGCGAGCGGCUGCUGCUUCGUCUUUACUGCAGUGAGCUCAGCACAGAUUUCCAGGAACCGCUAACACCAUCAAUGAUGCCAGAGUACAGUGAGAUAAUAAAGACACCAAUGGACCUAUCCGUUAUCAGAAGCAAACUGGAGAACAUGGGUUAUAAGAGCCUUGAGAACUGUGUUGCGGAUAUCCGGUUGAUUUUCAAAAACUGUGCAACUUUCCACAAGGAAGAUACUGAGAUGGCUAGUGUGGGAGCUAAUCUGGAGAGUUACUUUGAGGAGCAGUUGAAACUCUUGUAUCCAGGCCGAACUUUUGCUGGCGUAAAAGAGGAAGAAGUUGCUUCUGUGGCUCUUGAGAAAACUUCAAGCCCUUCAUCAAAGACUCCUCAAAACACUUUGCAAGAAGAGGAGACUGUGACACCCUCCAAUGAAGAAGUCCAUCAGGGAGAAUCUAAUGCUACAGAUAUUGAGGAGAAGCCAGAGAAGUUGAACGCACCUGCAGACUCCAGUCCUGUAAACACAGACACAGAUGCUAAAUCAACUCAGGAUUCCUAAGGAUGAUCAGACCUCAAAAAAAAUUCUUCCUUCCAUACACACUGCCACUAGUGCGUGAAAUCUCAUGGAUCAUUGGCAAUAAUAAUAUAGUAUAUCUCAAUUGUUUUAAGCAUUUGGAAAACAGGCAAUGCAACUACUAAAGAUGUAAUAAAACAAUGUAAUUUGUAACAUAGGCACAAUUAAAACUAUGUAAAAGUUGUCCUUUUGAAUUUUCAUUUUGUUGAUAAUGCAGUUACCCUUACAAAAUUGCAAAUUAUCGGCAGAAGUUAGCAGCUCUUCACAGGUAGCUAUGAACCUGCAUCAAACCUUUGGCCACUACUGGUAAAAACCUCUAUUGGCAAAUCGGUGGCACAAAGCUAAUUUGCAUGUGAAAAUUAUGAGUGGCAAAUUUGUAAUUGUUUUUGAUUUUUGUAAGGGUAGAAAAGUGAUAGGACAGAAAUGUUAUAUAAUUUUAAGGAAUCGUUCACCAAAACUAACAAAUGGAAGUAUAGUAAAUGUUGUACCAGCAAAAUAACAAUUAAAACAAAAUAAAGUUAAAUUAAUAACAAUCAUGAACAUUCAAGCAUAAAAAUAUUAAAUGUGCUAGGAAAUAUGAAAAUAAAUACGCAGCUUUCAAUAUAAUA